UGCUGAUUAAAACGCUUUGAGGGAACUCAACGCGAGGCACAUUAUCGAGACCGGUCCUCCAGAGAUGUGAAGAACUUCCACACUUGAUCGUGUUCGUGCCAAAACAAAUAAAAAGCGCGUGGAAACGACACCGUGGAUACCGGAGGCCGAACACGUCUGGAUUAUAAUUUCAGCAGGCUGAAAUCAACCGGUCCACAAAUGAGCAACAGCAUUUGAACUUGAUGAGGUCCAGUCAGCUGAUGAAAGAGGAGUGACCACUUCAUCCUCCUCUUGUUGCACUCCACCUAGGGGCCAGUGAGGCUGAAGAGUCCCUUCAGCCCGCCUCAUUUUGCCACCAUUUCCUCUCCGAGUUGGUCCCCCAGACGCGUUUCAAAACUGUUUCUCCAACGCUUUUUCCAGAAACUCAGACUGUUUUCCAAAGCAGAAGCAGCACAGCCAUCCCAGACUGAGGUGAUGGGAAGCGUGCGAGCCAGCCGCUACAGCAUUGUGUCAUCAGAGGAGGACGGCAUGAAGCUUGCCACAAUGGCAGUACCCAACGGCUACGGGAACGGCAAGAACAAGGUGCACACGAGGCACCAGCCUCAAAGUAGAUUUGUAAAGAAAGACGGUCACUGCAAUGUGCAGUUCGUCAAUGUGAGCGAGAAAGGUCAGCGGUAUUUGGCUGACAUCUUCACUACGUGUGUGGACAUCCGCUGGAGGUGGAUGUUCAUCAUCUUCUGCCUCGCCUUCCUUCUGUCGUGGCUGUUCUUCGGCUGCGUCUUCUGGCUGGUGGCCAUCUUCCACGGGGACUUGGAUAAUGAUGCUCAGAAGUGCGUCUCCAAUGUGAGCAGCUUCACCGCUGCCUUCCUGUUCUCCAUAGAGACUCAAACCACUAUUGGCUACGGCUACAGAUAUGUCACAGAUGAGUGCCCCGUUGCAGUCUUCAUGGUGGUCUUCCAAAGCAUCGUGGGCUGCAUUAUUGACGCCUUCAUCAUUGGUGCCGUCAUGGCAAAGAUGGCAAAGCCCAAGAAGAGGAAUGAAACUCUGGUUUUUAGCCAUAAUGCCACAGUGGCCAUGAGGGACAACAAGCUCUGCCUGAUGUGGCGUGUGGGCAACUUAAGGAAGAGCCACCUGGUUGAAGCACAUGUGCGGGCGCAACUUCUGAAAUCCCGGACGACAGCAGAGGGGGAGUACAUCCCCCUCGAUCAGAUGGACAUAGAUGUGGGCUUUGACAGCGGAGUUGACCGCAUCUUCCUGGUCUCUCCCAUCACCAUUGUCCACGAGAUCGAUGAGGAUAGCCCCUUCUACGACAUGAGCAAACAGGACCUGGAGAACUCAGAGUUUGAAAUCGUAGUCAUCCUGGAAGGCAUGGUCGAGGCAACAGCCAUGACCACACAGUGCCGCAGCUCCUACGUUGCCAAUGAGAUCCUCUGGGGCCAUCGGUUUGAGCCUGUGCUCUUCGAGGAGAAGAACUACUACAAAGUGGACUAUUCCCGCUUCCAUAAGACGUACGAGGUGCCGAGCACCCCUCUGUGCAGCGCCAGAGACCUCGCAGAGAAAAAAUACAUUCUCUCAAACUCCAACUCCUUUUGCUACGAAAACGAGAUGGCGCUAGACAACAAAGAGGACACGGACGAGGGAAACGGGGGCAGCGUUGGGCCCGACGGCACCCAGACGGACAACAUCUCAGAGACUGAGCACAGCCAAGCCACGGUGCCACUAGAGCCCCGGCCUCUGAGACGAGAAUCAGAAAUAUGACUGUUCAGACCUUAGACCUCACAUGAGAGAUUUUCUAGAAUCACCUCUCUGCUCCAAAAGGCACAACGAGCCGCGUUGGGCAUUGAGUAGAGGACAAGCCGAACGGUACUGCUGGGGGAAGCGGCAAGGUUUAAGACUUUGUAUGUAGGAGUCUGUUUGAACUUUGACUACAUACAGUAUGACAAAACACAGCACUAUGAACCAUGUGCAUAUUGUAGGAAGAAUUCUCCAUGAAGUCCCCAUGAAUGUGUGUUCAGUGUCUGGUGACUGCAAGACGACAAAGAGGAAGGAGGUUGUUGAGAUGACUUGAAAACUGCAGGCGUGUCUCAGUUUCUCUGGCCGGCAUGAACAAGGAGCUUUCAGAAUAUGUUGUCAAGUGCUGCUAGAAAACAGUUAAACUUUGUGCGUUGUUGAGGUAGAUGUCUGGAACAAAGGUACAAGUAGAGUAUUUGUUCACGAGCUGGUCUCAAAGCAGACAUCACAGAAGUCGGAGUGAACUGCACCAAAAACUUUCUGUGUGCAGCAACUGCAGUCAAAUGACUUUUAGACACUUGACAGCAUCGAUUUCCUGAUCCUCUGCUUUAUCCUUUGCUAAUCUGAGAGACUGUUCAUUGCCGGGCAGACUAAUGGAAACAUGCCUGCUCAUGUCAAGAGAUGGGCAGGGUAGUAUUAACAGCAUCAAACUGACAGAAAAAUCAAUAAUUUAAACAGAAACUGGGGUAAUAUGAGAAUCUGAAUGUUCUUAAAAGUGCUGCUAUGAUGUUGCUUCUUCUUUUUUUUCUUUUUUUUUUAUGGUUGACAAAAAAUGCCAAAGAGUAUUAUUAUCAUAGUUAUAUGUUUCUUAAAAACAACACCUGGUUAGAUUUGGUACAGAGAAGUAGAACACUUAGGGAGUUUUAAUAAGGUUUGUUUUUCAAGAAUGUGUGUACAGUUUUUUGGUUUUUUUUUAAACUUCAACCAUCUUUAUCUUGAGCCACUUCAUCAAGCCUUAAGGAAAGUGAAGAUGUAUGAAUCAACCAAGGUGUCAGAAGGUUUUACUGUUGAGGACAGACAACAAGAAUCACAAGUUCUGCAGUGUUUGCUGAACAACAACUCCGUUAGAGAACCACCCACAAUAAAUUUGGAGGAACCAGAAAUCUGACUUGCAAAGCCAAACCUGCUUUAAAAGGCUCUAAAAACAUGAAGUGAAGGAACUCCUUCACAAAGAGAUCUCCUUUCUGACACAGUGUUGUGGAGGGCGAUCGAAAACGUUUCCUCUGGCAAAAACAUCAAAUCUCCGAGUAAAAUGUUGUCACUGACACUCUUCCCUUCUUCCUGUGUGCAGACUACAGAUCGGCCUGCUUCAUCAUAAACACUACUUGACUUUUCAUUCUCCGUUUUGACACCUUUAUUGUACUUGAGAAUGUAAGAUUUGAAAAAGUGUAGUUCAAAGCCAAAUGUACUGUAACCCCGGCAUAUGAAGGUGUACUGCACAAGAGUUUGCAUCAAUACAAAUUUAUAUCCUGUAUCUUGUGACGGAAGGCCACUCGGCUCCAUAGCUCCUACAUGUGUAAAUACCUCCCUCCCUGUUGCAGUUAUUUUGUUAUCAGUCUUCCAAAUGUACUGCAAAACCACGGAAUGUACAGAUUUUUGUAUUAAUGUUUAUAUUAUUAUUAUUAUUAUUAUUAUUAUUAUUAUUAUUAUUGUACAUGAUAUUAUGUUGUUCCUUUUUCAAUAAAAUGUCAGUGGACAAUAAUCAGAACUGUGCUGUGUGGCUCGUCAUCACCGGCAGAUGAGACGUUUCAGCUUGUUUUAACAAGUUUUACAAAACCAAAUCAGAUGGAAGUCAAUUCACAAA